AUGUCGCCGCAAAGAAACCCUCCUGGAAAGCCCAAGACCCUCGAUGGAUUCGUCAGCAAUGCCAAUGCUAGUGGGGCUAAUGCUAGCGAGCCCUCUGCUAAGCCUCCGUCCGCCACUUCACAUGACAAGUCCCACAUGUACGAAAUGUGCAAAGAAAUGUGUAAGGAAAUGUCAGAGAAGAUUUUGGAGAGACUCGACGAGCGCUUUGAUGCCUUCGACACCAAGUUACAGUCUGUGUCCUCCAUACAAGCUGACCUGCAGAACCGCAUGGUCAGUCAGGAGCAAGCUACCAGCGCACUUGACGAGCGUGUGGAAGUGCUCGAAGCCAAGUAUGAAGAUUUAUCGAGGUACGCCAGCCAGCUCCAAACCAAACUACUGGAUUUAGAAGCACGGUCUCGCAUACAUAACAUCAAGAUUGUCGGUAUAAAGGAAGACUCAGAAAAAGGAAACCCGACUGACUUUGUUUCCAAACUUAUUCCUGAACUUCUGGGGGAACGACACUUUCCCUCUCCAUUAAAAGUCGACCGUGCGCAUCGCUCACUGCAACCUAAACCAGCGGCGGGUGACAAGCCACGCACCAUCAUGGCUCGCAUUCAUCAUUUUCAGGUGAAGGAGCUGAUUCUACGCCUGAGUAGGACGCAGCCAAUGGUGUAUAAAGGUAACAAAGUUUUGUUCUUCCGGGAUUAUACUAACGAAGUGAUGAGCCAGCGCCGUGCAUUCCGAGACGUGAUGAAAGCCCUGAGAGAUGGAGGAGUUAAGCAUCACUUACGCUACCCGGCCAGGCUUCAUGUUUACUGGGAUGGAGAGGAGGGUACCCCGGAGGUCUUUAAAGAUCCAGCGGUAGCUGAGGCGGCUCGUUUACGCACGGAACGUGACGCUUCGACAGAUGGUUAA